AACAUUUGUUUAACACACACAAUAAAAGAGCUUAUACAUACUAACACAUUACGAACAAUUAUACAAUAUUUAAAUGGAAAUACAUAUUUAAGGUCAAGAACACUAUAUGAUCGUGUAUACAGGCUACAAACAGUGUCGGUCUUACAAAUUUAUUUUUAGGGUGAAAUGACCUACAGAGGAUGAACUUGGAAAGUUAAAUGUGUCAUAAGGAUUGUUUGUAGGCGGUCCUCUGGGGAAAUAUUGAUUCGUAUAUAAAAUAUUUUACGCUUAAAAUGGAAAUAUUAUCUAUCAGCACACCGAGCUUGUUGUAAGAUGCUUAUUGAUUUUAUAUACAGUUUGUCUAUGUAUAUCUUCUGUUACUGUGUGUUGUGUUGGGGUCUGGUUCUUGUUGGUUGCUGUAUUGUAGUCCAUGUGCUGAUUAAGUAUUGUUGGAAUUAUUACAUUACCCUGUGGUGCGUAACGGACAAUGAACUCAGUCAUCUGCCGAUUCCACCAGGAACACUAGGAUAUCCAUUCAUUGGAGAAACUAUUGAAUUCAUCAGAAAGAACGACAAGUUCUACAAAUCACGUCAAAAUAAAUAUGGUAACGUAUAUAGGACACAUGUGCUUGGAAGACCAACUAUACGUGUUUCGGGGGCACACAAUCUCCGCAAAAUUCUAAUGUCAGAGAACUCUUAUGUGUCAUCACAAUGGCCACCGAGCAUUCGGAAAGUACUCGGUCCUUAUGCACUGUCUAUGAUGGACGAUAUUCACGAGCACAAAGAAAGGAAAAGAUUGCUUAUAAAUCUAUUUCUACCAGAUGCAUUAAAUCAACAUAUACCAAUAAUUAGAAAAACAAUAAAACAUUUCAUAGAUGAAUGGUGUAAAAAGGGAAACAUUCUUGGAUACCCGCAAUGUAGAAAUCUAGCUUUUAUCAUAGCAGCAAAAUGCUUGGCCGGUUUUGACUGUGAUGAUGAAAUGGGGAACGAACUUAGUUCAAUUUACCAAUCAAUGGUUCAUAACAUGUUUUCUUUGCCGAUUGAAUUGCCUGGGUUUGGACUUUACAAGGCACUCAAAGCAAAAAAGCGAUUAAUCCAAAGAAUUGCAGAAAAUAUACAAAAAUUAGAAAACAUUCCCGUAGACGAUAGAAAGAGUGUAAGUGCUUUAGAUUUCCUUCUCCGAGAAGAAGAAGAAAACUGUCGAUUCAAAACAUGCGAGUCAAUUGUUGAACUGAUGUUCGCCAGCCAUGAUACGACUUCCAGUGCAAUGUGUUCCUGUCUAAUGUUUCUUGGCAAAUAUCCAAAUGUCAUUCAUAAAGUACGAGAGGAAAUAGGAUCAGAUGAUCUUGAUAUUCUGACUUUAAAUGAUCUUCCAAAAUACAAAUAUGCGUACAAUGUCACCAAAGAGGUUCUACGCAUGACACCCCCUGUUGGAGCAGGAUAUAGGAAGGUGCUUAAAUCAUUCCAACUAGAGGGUUAUAAAAUACCGAAAGGUUGGACUGUUGCCUAUGGUAUACGGGAUACUCACCAUACGUCACCACUUUAUACGAAUUCAGACGUAUUCAAACCAGAUCGAUGGGAUGACCUGCCCAAUUUCGACAGGAUAACACCAGAUAAUUUAGAAACCCGAUAUAAUUAUGCCACUUUCGGUGGUGGUCCAAGAACUUGUAUAGGAAAAGAUUUUGCCAAAUUAGUAUUAAAACUUUUUGUUUUGGAAGUGUGCAAAAGUUGCGACUGGAAGCUUGAGAAUAAAGACGCAGAAUUGUACUAUAUCCCAGUACCCAGAGCUGUUGACAAUCUACCUUUAUUUGUAAAAAAACGAAGUAAUGAUGAUUGUUUCAAUAAAGAAGACAUAAACUGUAUUCAAACAAAUUAAGACGACAAUUCUCAAAUGAUUAAACAUGGUAAACUGUCGAAACGGAACGAAGGGCUAAAUGUAUCUUCUAUGACCAUUUAAGGUCUCUGUUAAACACGAUGUGUGUUUCUUAUUUACUGUACUUGUUAAAUAAAAUGUUAUGUAUUUGGA